GAAGGGAGGGGGCCCCAGACAGACAGCGUGGCCGCAUUGUCGCAGUAACACAACUUGUCCAGUCGACCAACAUUUCAGCUUCUCACAACAUCAUCAGCUGGAGCCUCUCUGACUGGACAUGCUGGUAUCGUUUUAUUCUCUGUUACUGUAAACCUUACUGUCUACGUUAAAAGAGGAUUUGCUGUCGGCGUGGAGUACGGCUGCACUCGCGGAUAGCUGGUGCAGAAGCUGAUAGACAGAUAACAGCUUGCUUCGCCCGGCGCCGGGAGCCACCAACCGGCCGCUGGGGACAGGAGGGGUUGGCUAGCUGGAAGCUAGCUGACUUUAGCCAGGAAUAUCCUUGCACCCCAGCGACCUCAAACAGCUUUGACGCCCAAUCAUACGGUGACAGCGUGAAGAUGGAUUAAAACAUGAAGGGUGGAACUGUCCAGCCAUCAAAAUAGGAGGGGUGUCUCUCAAAGGUUGUGCUUUGCAGUUAAACUGUGUAGCUGUGCUGAGAGACCGAGAGGAAGAUGCCACCCAGGCCAUCAUCAGGGGAACUAUGGGGCAUCCACUUGAUGCCUCCCAGGAUCCUGGUGGACUGCCUGCUGCCCAAUGGGAUGAUUCUGACCCUUGAGUGUCUCCGUGAGGCCACGCUUAUUACCAUCAAACAUGAGCUGUUCAAGGAGGCCAGAAAAUAUCCUCUUCAUCACCUCUUACAGGAGGAGACAUCCUACAUCUUUGUCAGUGUUACACAGGAAGCUGAACGAGAGGAAUUUUAUGAUGAGACCCGCAGACUUUGUGACCUCCGACUCUUCCAACCUUUCCUCAAAGUUAUUGAACCAGUCGGCAAUAGAGAGGAAAAGAUCCUCAACAGAGAGAUAGGUUUUGCCAUUGGUAUGCCUGUGUGUGAGUUUGAUCUUGUGAAAGAUUCUGAGGUUCAGGAUUUCAGGAGAAACAUCUUAAAUGUCUGUAAAGACUCAGUGGAGUUGAGAGAUGCCAGUGGACCCCACAGCAGAGCGCUGUAUGUUUACCCACCCAAUGUGGAAUCGACACAAGAACUUCCCAAACACAUCUAUAGCAAACUUGACAAAGGUCAGAUUAUUGUUGUAAUAUGGGUGAUUGUUUCCCCAAACAAUGACAAGCAAAAGUAUACACUGAAGAUUAACCACGACUGUGUGCCUGAACAGGUAAUUGCAGAGGCCAUUCGUAAGAAGACACGCAGCAUGCUACUUUCCCCUGAGCAGCUGAAGAUGUGUGUUCAGGAAUAUCAGGGUAAAUACAUCCUCAAGGUUUGUGGCUGUGAUGAAUACCUGCUGGAGAAGUACCCCAUCAGCCAGUAUAAGUAUAUCCGUAGUUGCAUCAUGCUGGGCAGGAUGCCUAACCUGAUGCUAAUGGCUAAAGACAGCCUGUACUCACAGUUGCCUACAGAUAACUUUGUCAUGCCAUCAUACUCUCGACGCAUCUCUACGGCAACGUCAUAUAUGAACGGCGAGGCAGCUUCCAAGUCGCUAUGGACCAUCAAUGGGACUCUACGAAUACGAAUUCUUUGUGCCACAUAUGUUAACGUGAAUAUACGAGACAUAGACAAGAUAUAUGUGAGGACGGGCAUUUACCAUGGAGGGGAACAAAUGUGUGAUAAUGUCAACACACAGCGAGUACCCUGCUCUAAUCCCAGAUGGAAUGAGUGGCUCACCUAUGACAUGUACAUCCCAGACAUCCCCCGCGCUGCAAGACUCUGCCUCUCAAUCUGCUCUGUCAAAGGCAGAAAGGGAGCCAAAGAGGAGCACUGUCCGCUUGCCUGGGGUAACAUCAACCUGUUUGAUUACACCCACACUUUGGUGGCUAACAAGAUGGCGCUGAACCUGUGGCCCGUCCCUCAUGGCCUUGAAGACCUCCUAAACCCCAUUGGGGUCACUGGAUCCAACCCCAAUAAAGAAACGCCAUGUCUGGAGUUGGAGUUUGACCAUUUUAGCAGUCCUGUCAAAUAUCCAGAUAUGAAUACAGUAGAAGAUCAUGCAAACUGGAUCAUCUCCAGGGAACUGGGGUUUAACUUCAACCUCUCGGGACAGAGUAAUCGUGUGGCCAGAGAUCACGCUCUGACAGAGAGUGACACUGAACAGCUGAGACAGCUGAGUAACAGGGACCCUCUGUCAGAAAUCACUGAACAGGAGAAAGACUUCCUCUGGAGACACAGGCACUACUGCAUGAACAUCCCAGAGAUCCUUCCCAAGAUCCUUCUUGCUGUUAAAUGGAACUCCAAAGAUGAAGUAGCACAGAUGUACUGUCUGUUGAAGGAAUGGCCGUCUAUCCGUCCCGAGCAGGCCAUGGAGCUGCUGGACUGUAACUAUCCCGACCCCAUGGUCAGGCAUUUUGCUGUACGCUGCCUCGACAAAUACUUGACUGAUGAUAAAUUGUCCCAGUAUCUGAUCCAGCUUGUACAGGUGUUAAAAUAUGAGCAGUAUCUUGACAAUCCACUGGUCCGUUUUCUCCUCAAGAAGGCUCUGACCAAUCAAAGGAUAGGACAUUUUUUCUUCUGGCAUCUCAAGUCAGAAAUGCACAACAAAACUGUGAGCCAGAGGUUUGGACUGCUUUUAGAGUCUUACUGCAGGGCUUGUGGCAUGUACCUCAAACACCUGAGUAGGCAGGUAGAGGCCAUGGAGAAGCUCAUCAACCUCACUGACAUCCUCAAACAGGAAAAGAAAGAUGAGACACAAAAGGUCCAGAUGCGGUUUCUUGUGGAACAGAUGAAAAGACCCGACUACAUGGAUGCUCUGCAGAACUUUACCUCUCCUCUCAACCCAGCACAUCAGCUUGGAAACCUGAGGUUUGAUGAAUGCAGGAUCAUGUCAUCAGCAAAAAGGCCAUUGUGGCUAAACUGGGAGAAUCCCGACAUCAUGUCAGAGCUUCUUUUUCAGAACAAUGAAAUUAUCUUCAAAAAUGGAGAUGACUUGCGCCAGGACAUGUUGACGUUGCAGAUUAUUAAAAUCAUGGAGAACAUUUGGCAGAAUCAGGGACUGGAUCUUCGGAUGUUGCCUUAUGGCUGUCUGUCAUUAGGCGACUGUGUAGGUCUCAUUGAGGUGGUCCGCAGCUCUCACACCAUCAUGCAGAUUCAGUGUAAAGGAGGCUUGAAAGGAGCCCUGCAGUUCAACUCCAACACGCUACAUCAGUGGCUGAAGGACAAAAACAAAGGAGAGAUGUAUGACAUGGCUGUGGAUCUGUUCACGAGGUCUUGUGCUGGCUACUGUGUAGCUACAUUUAUCCUGGGGAUUGGAGACAGGCACAACAGCAAUAUUAUGGUCAAAGAUGAUGGACAGUUGUUUCAUAUAGAUUUUGGACAUUUCCUGGAUCAUAAGAAGAAAAAAUUUGGCUACAAGAGAGAGCGAGUGCCCUUCGUACUUACCCAAGACUUCCUCAUUGUCAUCAGCAAAGGAUCACCAGAAUGCACAAAGACCAAAGAGUUUGAAAGGUUCCAGGAGAUGUGCUACAAAGCUUACUUGGCCAUCCGACAACACGCCAACCUCUUCAUCAACCUGUUCUCCAUGAUGCUGGGCUCCGGCAUGCCUGAACUGCAAUCAUUUGAUGAUAUUGCUUACAUCAGAAAGACACUAGCCCUGGAGAAAAGCGAGCAGGAGGCUUUGGACUAUUUUAUGAAACAGAUGAAUGACGCUCACCAUGGAGGGUGGACCACCAAGAUGGACUGGAUAUUCCAUACAAUUAGACAACAUGCACUGAACUGAUACCUCACACACCAACAAAGCCCACCAGUCCCAACAUGGAGCAUUUAUUUAAUUUACAAAGAAGUGGCAAAGUCAUUCAAAGAUUUUUAUUUGCCUUUAAGAGCAGAAACACUAACAGACUAGCGAUGAUGGAGAAUUCCACUUUGAUUUAUUAUUCUUUGAAGCACUUUUUUUAUGAAACAUGGUUCAUGAUUUUCUGCAUUUUCAUGAGAUUUUUUUGUCUGCCUUCCAAUGUGGUCUUGCACUAUCUCUGCUUCUGCCAGGGUCUCUUUGAGAUGACUUUCAUCAUGACCCUGUGAAGAUGGGUCGAAGCUGGAAGAAGCUUGUAUCCCUGGCUACUAUGCAUUCUUUUUUUUUCUCAACCACACGAACAAAUUGAAUUCUUUCUCUUAUUAUGCUGCUCUUAAAAAAAACAAAAAACAAACAAAUUGGACAAAUAUAGUUUAAAGAAGCUGCAUCUGCCAAUGUAUUAAUGUAGCCACAGAGUAUGUAGAGCUUGCUACCCCUUUGGCCAUAUAAGGACAACAAUUUGACUCAGUCGCAUCACUACUGAGGAGACAGUGGGCACAAGGAACCGUCUAAGUUAUUUUAUUUAAUACAAGUUAUAUUUGUUGUACAGUGGAGCAUUUUUGAUGAACGGGAGCUUCUGUGAUGUCUUCCACCAUCCUUAUAAAGCUGCCUCUAACGUCUGAUUUGGCCUUAGCUUUUCCAUCUUUGUGUGGACAUUUCAAGGUUGGAAAACUGCAGUGACAUCUGUUGCUGGUUGUGUACAGUUUUCCCACAGCCUCAGUGAAGCAGCGCUCCAUCUUUGGGAACGUUGGCAGAGCAGUGUUAAACUCCUGCAUUGAUAUCAGGGUGAUGAGGCCUCUCCAUCAAAAAAAAAACAACAACAAAAAACAGCACUUAGAAAUGUUAGAAACAAUUUAUUUAUGUAUUUACUUUAUUUCAGUUUGAACAAAAACAAAAUCCGAACUCCAGAAACUAUUGUUUAUGUAUUUGUGUUAUUUACUGCUUCUUCUGACUACCACAAGUGCAACAGCUUACUCUGUUACUCGAUUAGAGUUAAGCAUACGCUCUUAAGACAGACGAUGCCUUUCUUUUGCUUCUGACACUUUUCAGUUAAGCGUCUAAUUUGGCCUUAUCAGUAACCCAGUUUUUUUUCCUCAUUGUGGCUUGUUUGCAGCCAUGUGCAGAAUGGUUUGUUUUGGGAUGUAAAACAGAAAAGGUGAAGGUGCCAGUCUAAAAUUUAAUCAGUAUUGAGACCUAUGAGCCUCUGGGUUUGUCUGUUGUUGGGAGGCAGAGACCCAGGGGAAUGUCAUGUCUUCCUCUUGAUAAAAUGCCUUGGCAUCACAACACAACACUGAAAACUGUUAAGCCCCAGAAACUCUGGUCUAAGUGAAUUCUAGUAAGCAAACCCUGACAGGACAUGAGGCAGUUUUCAGGAACGUCUAAAUUUGACUAUGAUUAUGCAUUAUUUGUAUUUCUGUCACAGUUAAGUUUAUGAAUUUCAGCUAGUCUCCUAAUUAAAUGUCUCUGACUCAUGGACAAAGUGUUUUUUAAAUGUACUUAUUAGACAUUUACAUUUUUUUUAAAACAUGGAGACUACUGGCCUUAUUUGAAACAGACGUUAUUUUGCACGGUGAUAAAGUCAUGCCCUGCAUCUUUUUGUUAAAAGCCUAAACUAGAUACACGUUUUUUUUGUUUUUUUUUACAACAAACAUUUGAGUAUUAUGCUUUUGCAUCACUGUAGUGAAAUUGUAUUUGUGUCAUCUUGUAUGUGGAGUUAUUUAAACAAAUUAUUUAGAAAUGAUGGGGUAGCCUUUAGGUGAAGUUAGCAAGGACAGAACCCCACUGAGCCAUAAGGGUUUAUUCUCCAGCUAAACCUCUAACAUCAGUCUUUUAAUCUGAAAAGGCAAAAGGAAAAUGUGAAAUAAAAUGAUAGAACUACUAGUCAAAAAGUGUUGUUUGGCCUGCAGCCUUUAUCGGGACAGCACAGUCACUUGUCAUGUGAUUAAUCAGCAGUUUGUUAAUCUAACAGGAUUCAUCGGAAUUCUUUUAAUGUAGUGCAGGAUGAGAAAAAAGGGAAUUUUGAUAUGAAAUUCAUAUUUUUUUAUGUAUUUGGUAGGUGAUGGUAAGUAACACAGGGUUACAACUUGAAAAAAAUGCCUGCCUGUUUUUGGUAUUAAAUUUAGUGCCAUAGUGACAGUAAACGUCCUCAGCUGCACUGAAGCUCUCAUGGAUAGGAGACAGUAUUUCAUAUGAAGUGGUGCCUCACAAUCUCUUCACGAGCACCCUACAAUCUCUCGGUGUAUGUCGAAAGACAGAUGUACAUACAGCGAGUUUAUCCUCUUAACAACAUGACGCUAAAUUCGUUUAUUGGAAAGUUCCAACUGAUUGUAUUGAAAAGCCAAAGUUGUGGUCUGGUCUGAUGUGGCGUACACGUGUCAUGUCAUAUUUGCGCCUUAUUAAUGGCUUGAAUGUAUUUAAUUGCUAACAUGGACCUUAAAUGCACUCAUGUUUUUUAUGUUUUUGAAUUGUUCAUGUAAUUUUUUUCUAAAGUUGGAUGCAGUGCCACUAAACACCACAGAUUAUAAGCAGUGUUUUGCCUUUUUGUUAUUUUCUGUAAUGUGACAACAGGCAGCACAAAGUCCUGUAAAAUCUCAUGCUGAAGCUGCAUCCUGCAGAAGGUAUGUCAGUUCUGGACUUUAAAGAAUGAAAA